AUGACGGUCCGAUCAAUCAAGCGCCAACCCGAGCGCACACAUAACACAAUUCAUUCAAAUUUCUCCUUCGCUUCCGGCUCGGGAUGCCUCGCCGCUGAACCGGACCGGUUCUGCUCGGAGAGAUCUUCGGCUCGGCUGUACGCAUUCGUUGCGGCGGUGAUGAGAGGGAGCUGCUGCGGGUGGAACCGUCGGACAGAGCAGCGGUUCCGCCUACUCGCGAUCUCUACAGUUAAAUCAGUGAAGAUCAAGCUUCUGCUCUGUUGCUGCGUCGCCUUCACGCUUCUCGCGUUCUCCACAAGCGCUUCUUCCUUCGUCUUAUGGAACAACCAACCGCCUCCUCCAUCUAGCUUCCCCGAUUCCAGGAAAGGGUAUUCUAUAGUAAUGAACACGUGGAAGAGAUAUGAUCUGCUAAAGCAGUCCAUCAAGCAUUAUUCAUCAUGUCCUCGUCUUGAUUCAGUACAUAUUGUGUGGAGUGAACCCAAUCCUCCUUCGGAUAAUCUUCUAAAAUUUCUGCACCAUGUUGUGAAGUUCAAGUCUAAAGAUGGACGGCAAGUGAAAUUGAGAUUUGACAUCAACAAGGAAGAUAGCUUGAACAAUAGAUUUAAAGAAAUAAAGGAUUUGGAGACAGAUGCUGUCUUUUCUAUAGAUGACGAUGUCAUAUUUCCUUGCUCUUCAGUGGAGUUUGCAUUUGAUGUUUGGCAAAGUGCGCCCGAUACGAUGGUUGGAUUUGUACCUCGUGUCCAUUGGAUGAAUUCAUUGAAAGAUAAUGACAACAAAUUUAGCUAUGGUGGAUGGUGGUCUGUAUGGUGGACGGGUACAUAUAGCAUGGUGCUCUCCAAGGCAGCGUUCUUUCAUAAAAAGUAUUUCAAUAUUUAUACAAACGAGAUGCCAUCAUCUAUUAGAGAAUACGUAACCAAAAACAGGAAUUGUGAAGAUAUUGCAAUGUCUUUUCUCGUUGCAAAUGCUACUGGUGCACCCCCCAUAUGGGUUAAAGGUAAAAUAUUUGAGAUUGGAUCGACUGGAAUCAGUAGUUUGGGAGGUCACAGUGAAAGAAGAACAGAAUGCGUCAACGGAUUUGCUGCCGUCUACGGGCGGAUGCCCUUGGUAUCAACUUCAGUUAAGGCUGUUGAUAGCCGCAAUAUCUGGUUUUGGUGA